AUGCAGGCGGCAGGCGCAGACGCAGGCGCGGGCAGCGGGGCGGGCGCUGCGGACGACGGCUCGGACGGCCAGGACCGUCGCCGUGGCCCGGGCGGUCCCGGCUUGCCCGGCGGCGCGGGCGAGGCAGCUGCUGCCGCCGCCGGCAGGGCUCGGCCCGUCUCGCGCGUGCGGCACGUCCCGGAGCCGGGCGGAGACGCCGCUGCCACGACUGGAAGGCGGGAGAGCCGAAGACACAUAUUUGCCCUCUGCGUGCCUUUUCCAUCCCGCUUGGAGGCGGAGAUUGCCUGUGGGUCCCUGGCCCCAGAUGCCGAGCCCCACAGAAAGGCUGUCGAGAAGCAGCUCACAGUGAGCGGCAGCGUCCUGGCCGCCCACUGGAGAGCUGAGGAUCCUCGCCUCCUGCGAAUUUCCGUCCUCAACUUCCUGGACCACCUUUCCCUGGUGAUGCGGACCAUGCGGCGCUUUGGGCCCCCCGUUUCCCGCUAAGCCUGGGCUGGAGAGAGGGGCUGAAGUCUAACGUGUCCCUCCCCGGGGACUGCGUCCUUCCCGGGACAGUGACUCCUGUCGUACCAGCUGCCACUGUGUUAGGAGGGCCUAAUCCUCUGCCGCUACCGGCCCCAGGGCACUCGGGGCCCGUUUGUUUUGUUUUGUUUUGUUUUGUUUGCCGCUUGAACGUUCCUCAGUGCAGACAAUUAAACGGAGCUGUGCGGUUGGUUCCCUGUCUGGGCUUAUUUUCCACCGUGGCACCGCCUCCAGAGGGUCUUCCCUUUGUCCUGUCCUCGGGGAAGCGGAGGGGAGGUUCUGGGAUGUAGAUAGGGAGGCAUGAGAGCUGACUGAAGACCGUGGAGGAAAUGGGAGAACACGGCUUCUGUCCUUCUCUGUCCUUCUCUGUCCUUCACUGUCCUUCACUGUCCUUUGCUGUCAACGGCUCUCUCCGCUCGGUGGAAUGUGUCCUUAGUUUUUUCCUUGUGUUUAUAUGCUAAACAGAAUAAUGAAGAAGGGGUAAUAUUUUGCACGUUUCACAGGUCUCCGGAUGUUUUCUCCAUCGAAUGUGAACUUUUCCUCUAUGAAAACUCUGAGUGCAUUCUCGAAUGGAUGCAUGAAAGACGCGUUCUAAUGUAAUUACUGAACUUUUAAAUUCUCUUCAGCUUUGCCGAUGAGAGAUGGUGCGAAUUCCAGGGGGUCCUACUGGAAUUGGUAGCAUGGACUAUACAGACUCCUGAUGGGCCUCACAGUGAUGCUCUGCAGGUUAUUCCAGAAGCUGAGCUGGUGGCCAGAUGGCAAAGAGGCAGAUUGCUGGGAUGGUUUCAUCCCACGAAAUAGAGGAGCUGGGUCUGCCAGGAGGCUGCAUUCCUGGUGGGGUGGCCUGGAAGAGGUGAAGGGACAGUGGCCAGGAGCAGCUCGAGACGCUGUUCCCAAGUGAGUUGGACCCUGGGAUCAUGACCCGAGCUGAAGGCACACGCUUCACCAACUGAGCCACCCAGGCGCUCCGGGACUCAGAUAUUCAGAUGGUACAAGGGGACAUCGAGGGCACACCGGACCCUGGGCCUCGGGGGUCCUACCAGUUCAGCUGACGUUCAGCCUCCAGGGAUCCCGCCAUCCCCCGCGGAGGAGACAGGCCUGUGGCGGCUGCAUCUGUGUCCCCGCUGCUCCCGCCGCCUUCUGUCCCUCAGAAGAGCUUUAGUCCGAUGACCUCCAGCACCCGUCUGUGCUUCUAAAGCGUCAUUACCCAAAGGCACAGGACACGGGUGUGGGCGGUGGGGACUGUGUAAUCAUCCAGACGCGUGUAUCCCUCAGCUCCUUUCCCCUGAGAUAGAUAGAUUGAUUGAUUGAUUGAUUGAAUGAUUGCUAGAGCAUGGGGGGAGGGGCAGAGGGGAACCCCAAGCAGACUCCACACCAAACACGGAGCCCAACGCGGCGCUCGAUCCCGCGACCCCACCAUCACGACCCAAGCUGAAAUCAAGAGUUGGGCGCCCAGCCCACUGAGUCGCCCAGAUGCCCCUGUUCCUCAGCUCCCUUAGCCAGUGCCCUAUGCUAGACCUUUCCACCGCUUGUCACCCAUCAGGACUAUAAACUGGGCUGCAGCGAA